AUAUUCAUAAAAUAUAUUUAGUAAAAUGCACCACAUAGAAAUUUUUAUUUUAAUAAAAAAAAUCAAAUCUAAUCCAUUUAAAUAAAAUGUAUUAAAAGAAAUAGGAAAUUUUUUUUUUUUUUUUUUUGAUUAUUAGAUUGAUAGAACGCUACAUUUUAUUAUUACUUGAUUUAGAGAUAUUAUUUUUAUUUUUUUUAUUAUUUUUUUGAUUGAACUUUGGACUUUAUUAUACGAUUUAAUUAUUAGAUAUAAAAUUAACUUGAAUUAAGUAUUUUCUUAGUUAUUGUUUAAUUAAGUCAAGCUGAAACAUUAAAAAUUAUAAAAAAAUGUUCGCUACUUACUUUAGAACAUUUCGAAUUGCAAAUAAAUAUGGCUUAUUGGCACGUUGUGAAUCUACAUUAGUUAUUGCAGAACAUAAUAAUGAAUCACUAUUACCUAUUACUUGUAAUACUUUAACUGCAGCAAAAAAGAUUGGUGGAGAUAUAACAGUUUUAGUUGCUGGUAGCAAAUGUGAUACAGUUGCACAAAGUGUUAGUAAAGCUAAUGGUGUAUCUAAAGUUUUAAUCGCAGAUAGUGAUGCUUUUAAAGGAUUUUUCCCAGAAGCAUUAACUCCUUUGAUUCUUAGAAUUCAAAAUGAAUAUAAAUUUACCCAUAUCUUAACUGGUGCUACUGCUUUUGGUAAAGCAUUAUUACCAAGAAUUGCAGCUAAAUUAGAUGUAUCUCCAGUAAGUGAUAUUAUUGAUAUUAAAUCAACUGAUACAUUUAUCCGUACUAUUUAUGCAGGAAAUGCAAUUCAAACUUUAAAAUGUAAAGACAAUGUAAAAAUAGUUACAAUAAGGGGUACUUCAUUUGAAGCUACACCUUUAGAAGGAGGCAAUGCCAAGUGUGAAUCUGCACCAGCUGGUGAUUAUAAAUCACAGUUGAUAGAAUUCAUUAAACAGGAGUUAUCUAAAUCUGAUAGACCAGAAUUAACAUCUGCAAAGGUUGUUAUAUCUGGAGGAAGAGGAAUGAAGUCUGGUGAGAACUUCAAAUUAUUAUAUACUUUAGCAGAUAAACUUAAUGCUGCAGUUGGUGCAUCUCGUGCUGCUGUUGAUGCUGGUUUUGUGCCUAAUGAUUUACAAAUAGGACAAACUGGAAAAAUUGUUGCUCCAAACUUAUACAUUGCUGUUGGAAUUUCUGGAGCAAUUCAGCAUCUUGCUGGUAUGAAAGAUUCAAAGACAAUUGUUGCGAUUAACAAGGAUCCAGAAGCACCUAUCUUUCAAGUAGCUGAUUAUGGCUUAGUUGCUGACUUAUUUAAGGCUGUUCCUGAACUCACGGAAAAAUUGUAAAUUUUGAUAUAAUAUUUUAUAAAUAUUUUUGUUAUAAUAUCUAUAUAAAUAUAUAUAUAUAUAUAUAUACAUAUAUAUAUACAAAAUGUUCUUAGAAAAUAAUAAAUUUUUAUAUGAUUUAAAAUA